AUGGAUGGCCCUCCAAAAUCGAUGACAUGGCUAACCCUGAAGUUCGCCCUUUCUUCGCUCAUCGAAACGCUCUAUCGUUUUCGGCAGCGGAUUCUCAAGCAACUCCACCGAGGACAUCCGGGAAUGGAGCGGAUGAAAGCUAUCGCACGUAGUCACGUGUACUGGCCGAGGAUCGAUGACCACAUUGCUGAUUUUGUGAAGAGAUGUGAAAGCUGUGUCACACAUUCGAAGACACCGUCUAAGGUUCCGCUACAGUCGUGGCCACUCGCUCAAUCUCCCUGGGAGCGUAUCCACAUCGACUUCGCCGGCCCAAUCAACGGUCUGCACUUCCUCAUAGUGGACGCCUUCACUAAGUGGCCGGAAAUUCGCAUCGUUCGAUCCCCGACAACAUCAGCAGUGACCGAGUUCCUCGACGAGCUGUUUGCCCGUUUUGGCGUUCCCAACGUCAUAGUCUCCGACAAUGGAACGCAGUUCACGUCGGAACAGUUCGCGGUUUUGUGCAGGAAGAACGGCAUUCAACAUUUCCGGACAUCGCCGUAUCACCCACAGUCCAAUGGCCAGGCGGAGAGAUUUGUGGACACCUUCAAGAGGUCGUUGCGCAAAAUCAACGAGGGGGAAAGUAUCUCGGAAUCGCUCCAGACGUUCCUCCAGGUCUACCGAACCACUCCCAGUCGUGUUCUGAAUGGCAGAACUCCUUCGCAGCUGAUGCUUGGUCGAAACAUCAAGACGGUUCUCGAUCUCCUGCAUCACCAACAACCGAAGCCAGUGGUUCUCAAUCAACGCCAACAGUUCAACCGGAAGCAUGGCGCAACUCCUCGUGGCUUCCGAAAAGGCGACAUGGUCUACGCCAAGGUCUACCGUAGCAACACCAAGUGGCAGUGGACAUCGCACUCCAACCAGCUCAAGCAUCGUUCCAGUGAAGCAACAACCGGCGCAGCAGAUUCCACACCACUGGGUAUCCUGGUGGACAUGUUUGGAAUUCAAUCUCCUGGACCAGCAGUACAGCCCGCUCAACAAGGUCAAGCCGAGCAGGAACCACUUCCUGUUCCAUCAACCUCCAACGUCCGAUCCCAGGUCCAGCCACGAACCGAGGUGCAAGUAGUGCCAGCGGUUUCCAACCAAGAAGUCGAAGCAGGUUCCAGUCAACUCGAUGAUGUUCCCGAACGCGGUCGCAUCCAGACCGACCAACCAGAACCGGAGCAUGAAGAAGAUAACCAGCCACCUAUAGAUCCCGUUCCAGAACCACCAUCGGUCCGGCCACAGAGAGUGAUCCGGAUGCCUUCCAGAUUCGAGCCGUACCUGUUCUGGAAAUAA